CACCCUGGGGUCGCCAUGACUCGGCUGAGCUGGUGCUUCUCCUGCGUGAUCCGAUGGGGCAAGUACCUCUUCUCCUGCCUGCUGCCCCUGCGCUUCUGCCUCCGCAGCCAGCCAGAGGACCUGGAGGCCCCCAAGACUCACCACUUCAAGGUGAAGACCUUCAAGAAGGUGAAGCCCUGUGGUAUCUGCCGUCAGGUCAUCACCCGGGAGGGUUGCACCUGCAAAGUCUGCAGCUUCUCCUGUCAUCGGAAAUGCCAGGCCAAGGUGGCUGCCCCCUGCAUUCCUCCGUCCAGCCAUGAACUGGUGCCCAUCAACACCGAGAGUGCACCGAAGAAUGUAGCCAACACGGGAGAAGGAGCUUUCCGGGGUGGAAACACACGGAAAAGCCUUGAGGAAGACGGCUCCACCAGAGUCACCCCGAGUGUCCAGCCCCAUCCCCAGCCUAUCAGAAACAUGAGUGUGAGCCGAACCGUGGAGGACAGCUGUGAGCUGGACCUGGUGUACGUCACAGAAAGGAUCAUCGCUGUCUCCUUCCCCAGCACAGCCAACGAGGAGAACUUCCGGAGCAACCUCCGAGAGGUGGCCCAGAUGCUCAAGUCCAAGCAUGGCGGCAGCUACCUGCUUUUCAACCUCUCUGAGCGGAGGCCUGACAUCACAAAGCUCCACGCCAAGAUACUGGAAUUUGGCUGGCCUGACCUUCACACCCCAGCCCUGGAGAAGAUCUGCAGUGUUUGCAAGGCCAUGGACACUUGGCUCAAUGCAGACCCUCACAACGUUGUCGUUCUACACAAUAAGGGAAACCGAGGCAGGAUAGGUGUCGUCAUCGCAGCUUACAUGCACUACAGCAACAUUUCUGCCAGCGCUGAUCAGGCCUUGGACCGGUUUGCAAUGAAGCGGUUCUAUGAGGAUAAGAUUGUGCCAAUUGGCCAGCCAUCCCAGAGAAGGUGGGUUUCCAGGGCUCACAGCCAGUGCAUCCGUGUGUGUGUGUGUGUGUGUGUGUAUGUGCACACGCUUGCUAUCUUGGGGACUGGCCUUAUGCACCCACAGGGGCUGGAACAGCCAUGCCUAGGUGGGGGUGUACAGAGUGUGCAUAUCCAGGUGGCAGCCUGGAGUGGUGUGAGCUCAGGGACGUGGGUGAGUCCAUGGGCAGCUGUGUGUGUCCACAGGUGGGCAUGGCAGUUGGCUCCUGAGGCCAGUGCUGGAGAGCAAUGGGGAUGUUGGUGGGGGACACAUCGGUCUGGGGGCAAGAAGACAGCUUGUAAAAGAAGGCGGUGCUAUUUGUUGGUCCUGGCAGUGGGAUUGCUUCGUGCGUGGGUGAGCCCGAGCAGGACACAGACAGCCUUGGGGCUGCAGCCAUGGAGGAAUUAUUUGAAAAUUGAGGCACAAGGAGCAGAGAUCAAAUCAGAGCAGUUACUUCUCCUCCCCUUUCUGCCUCUCCGUGCAGAGGAGGUGGUGGGACACACUCAGGGACCUCUGGAUGGGAGCCUGUAUGCCAAGGUGAAGAAGAAGGACUCCCUGCAUGGCAGCACUGGGGCCGUGAACGCCACGCGGCCUGCCCUGUCGGCCACCCCCAACCACGUGGAGCACACUCUCUCCGUGAGCAGUGACUCAGGCAACUCCACAGCCUCCACCAAGACAGACAAGACCGAUGAACCUGUCCCUGCCCCCUCCAGUGCCCCUGCUGCCCUGAGUCCCGAGGAGAAGCGCGAGCUGGAUCGCCUGCUCAGUGGCUUCGGCGUGGAGAGAGAGAAGCAAGGGCCCAUGUACCACGCCCAGCAUCUUCGGUCCCGCCCAGCGGGGGGCCCAGCCGUGCCCUCCUCCAGCCGCCACGUCGUCCCCGCCCAGGUUCACGUCAACGGCGGGGCCUUGGCAUCUGAGCGGGAGACGGACAUUCUGGAUGAUGAGUUGCCCAACCAGGAUGGACACAGCGUGGGCAGCAUGGGCACACUGUCGUCCCUGGACGGGGUCACCAACACCAGUGAGGGGGGCUACCCCGAGGCCCUGUCCUCACUGACCAACGGUCUGGACAAGCCCUACCCUGUGGAACCGAUGGUCAAUGGCGGGGGCUACCCCUAUGAGUCCGCUGGCCGGUCGGUGCCUGCCCACGCCGGCCACGCGGCCCCCAUGCGGCCCUCCUACUCCACACAGGAGGGUUUGGCCGGCUACCCGCGGGAGGGGCCCCACCCAGCCUGGCCGCAGCCAGUGACCACCUCCCACUACAGCCUUGACCCCAGCGGUAUGUUCCGCUCCCAGUCCUUUCCGGAGAGUGAGCCCCAGCUGCCCCCCGCUCCAGCCCGUGGGGGCAGUAGCCGGGAGGCUGUGCAGAGGGGGCUGAACUCCUGGCAGCAGCAGCAGCAGCCCCGUCCGCCGCCUCGCCAGCAGGAGAGAGCCCACCUGGAGAGUCUCGGGCCCAGCAGGCCCAGCCCCCAACUGCUGGCAGAGACCCUGACCCCCGGGCUCCCUGAGUUUCCAAGGGCGGCCUCCCAGCAGGAGAUCGAGCAGUCCAUCGAAGCACUCAACAUGCUGAUGCUGGAUUUGGAGCCAGCCGCAGCCGCCGCCCCCCUGCACAAGUCCCAGAGUGUCCCGGGGGCCUGGCCAGGGGCUUCCCCGCUGUCCUCCCAGCCUCCCUCCGGCUCCUCUUGCCAGCCCCAUCCACUGACCCAGUCCAGGUCUGGCUACAUCCCCAGUGGGCAUUCCUUGGGAACCCCUGAGCCAGCCCCGCGGGCCUCUCCGGCCCUGGAGUCCUUCCCUUCUGGCAGGCCUUACUCACCUUAUGAUUAUCAGCCCUGUCCACCUGGGUCCAGCCAGAGUUUCCGUCCAAAGAGCCCAGCCUCCUCCUCCUUGCCUUCCUUCCUUCCAACUACUCAUAGCCCUCCAGGGCCUCAGCAGCCCCCAGCCUCUCUCCCGGGCCUCACUGCUCAGCCUCAGCUCCCGCCGAAGGAGGCCACUUCAGACCCAUCCCGCACUCCAGAGGAGGAGCCGCUGAACCUGGAGGGGCUGGUGGCCCACCGGGUAGCAGGAGUGCAGGCUCGGGAGAAGCAGCCUGCCGAGCCCCCAGCCCCUCUCCGGAGGCGGGCAGCCAGCGAUGGACAGUAUGAGAACCAGUCUCCAGAACCCACGUCCCCCCGUAGCCCUGGGGUUCGUUCCCCUGUCCAGUGCGUCUCCCCUGAGCUGGCUCUCACCAUCGCCCUCAAUCCUGGAGGGCGGCCCAAAGAGCCCCAUCUGCACAGCUACAAGGAGGCCUUUGAGGAGAUGGAGGGAACUUCCCCGACCAGCCCACCGCCCACUGGGGUGCGCUCCCCUCCAGGUCUGGCCAAGACACCCCUGUCUGCUCUCGGCCUGAAACCCCAUAACCCAGCGGACAUCCUGUUGCACCCUACAGGUGUCCCCAGAAGAUUGAUCCAGCCAGAGGAGGAUGAGGGGAAGGUGAUGACUGAGCUUCCCAAAGAGCCCCGGAGCUAUGUGGAGUCAGUGGUGAGAACGGCGGUGGCUGGACCCCGAGCUCAGGACCCCGAGCCCAAGAGCUUUAGCGCCCCAGCUGCCCAGGCCUAUGGCCACAAGACACCCCUGAAGAACGGGACCCUGGGAGGCUCCUUUGUCUCCCCCAGCCCCCUCUCUACCAGCAGCCCCAUCCUCAGCGCUGACAGCACUUCAGUGGGGAGUUUCCCAUCUGGGGAAAACAGCGACCAGGGCCCCCGGACACCCACCCAGCCUUUGCUGGAUUCAGGCUUCCGUUCCGGCAGCCUGGGCCAGCCCAGCCCUUCAGCUCAGAGAAGCUACCAGAGCUCUUCUCCUCUCCCGCCUGCAGGCAGCAGCUACAGCAGCCCUGACUACUCACUUCAGCAGUUCAGCUCCCCGGAAAGCCAGGCGCGGUCUCAGUUCACCGUGGCCGGCGUCCACACCGUGCCCGGGAGCCCUCAGGCACGCCACAGGACAGUGGGCACCAACACCCCCCCCAGUCCUGGCUUUGGCCGCCGGGCCAUCAACGCCAGUGUGGCUGCCCCUGGUAGUCCCAGUUUGAGCCACCGCCAGGUGAUGGGUCCAGCAGGAACUGGUUUCCAUGGUAGCACGGUCUCCAGCCCCCAGAGCAGUGCAGCGACCACUCCGGGAAGCCCCAGCCUGGGCCGGCAUCCCGGGGCCCACCAGGUUUCAGGCCUCCAUGGCAGUGUGGCCACAACUCCUGGAAGCCCCAGUCUGGCCCGGCACCCUGGGGCCCACCAAGGCAGCCUGGCCUCUGGUCUCCAUGGCAACGCGAUAGCCAGCCCUGGAAGCCCCAGCAUGGGCCGGCACCUGGGAGGGUCUGGAUCUGUGGUUCCCGGCAGCCCCAGCCUGGACCGGCAUGUGGCCUACUGUGGCUAUUCCACCCCUGAGGACCCGAGACCCACGCUGUCCCGGCAGAGCAGUGCCUCCGGCUACCAGGCUCCCUCCACGCCCUCCUUCCCUGUGUCCCCUGCCUGCUACCCGGGCCUGAGCAGCCCUGCCACCUCCCCAUCACCGGAUUCUGCCGCCUUCCGGCAAGGGAGCCCCACGCCAGCCUUGCCGGAGAAGCGGAGGAUGUCUGUGGGCGACCGAGCAGGCAGCCUCCCCAACUACGCCACUAUCAAUGGGAAGGUGUCCUCCUCGCCUGUGGCCAGCGGCAUGUCCAGUCCCAGCGGGGGCAGCACCGUCUCCUUCUCCCACACCCUGCCCGACUUCUCCAAGUACUCCAUGCCAGACAAUAGCCCCGAGACGCGGGCUAAAGUGAAGUUUGUCCAGGACACUUCCAAGUAUUGGUACAAGCCUGAGAUCUCCAGAGAGCAGGCCAUCGCACUCCUCAAGGACCAGGAGCCGGGGGCCUUCAUCAUCCGCGACAGCCACUCCUUCCGAGGGGCCUACGGGCUGGCCAUGAAGGUGUCUUCUCCCCCUCCGACCAUCAUGCAGCAGAAUAAGAAAGGGGACAUGACCCACGAGCUGGUGAGACAUUUCCUGAUCGAGACCGGCCCCAGAGGAGUCAAGCUCAAGGGGUGCCCCAAUGAGCCAAACUUUGGGUCUCUCUCUGCCCUGGUCUACCAGCAUUCCAUCAUCCCACUGGCUCUGCCCUGUAAGCUGGUCAUUCCAAACCGAGACCCCACAGAUGAAUCGAAAGAUAGCUCGGGCCCUGCCAACUCCACCACCGAUCUGCUGAAGCAAGGGGCAGCCUGCAACGUGCUCUUCAUCAACUCUGUGGACAUGGAGUCACUCACCGGGCCACAGGCCAUCUCCAAAGCCACUUCUGAGACACUGGCUGCUGACCCCACACCAGCUGCCACCAUCGUUCACUUCAAAGUUUCUGCCCAGGGAAUUACACUGACUGACAACCAGAGAAAGCUCUUCUUCAGACGACACUACCCCCUCAACACUGUCACCUUCUGCGACCUGGAUCCUCAGGAGAGAAAGUGGAUGAAGACAGAGGGAGGUGUCCCUGCUAAGCUCUUUGGCUUCGUGGCCCGGAAACAGGGCAGCACCACCGACAACGCCUGCCACCUCUUCGCUGAGCUUGACCCCAACCAGCCGGCCUCCGCCAUCGUCAACUUCGUCUCCAAGGUCAUGCUGAGUGCCGGCCAGAAGAGAUGAACGCCACCCCUCCCCGGGGCCAGGGCAGUGGGGAUGGGGCAUGUGGGGAGGGGACUCAUGAAUCCUGACCACCCUUGAAUCCAGAAGGAGGACU